GAUAAGAAUAAAAAAUGAAUUUUAAUAUCUGGAAUAUCAAAGAGAUGUUCAGUACUCCCACAGCCUCAAAGACUAAUAAAUCAUCCAGUCGGAGCAGUGCUCCUAGUGAUUAUUCCAGCCUCAGUGACUCUCAGUUCCUCUUUGGUUCCCAGUUCUGUCCAGAGAACUCACAGUCAGCACCAGUGCCCCUGGAAUGCAGUGCACAGUCAAGACAACAAAAAAGCUCCCAGCAGAACUCUCAGGAUAGCGAGCUGAGUAUUUUUACGAAGUACCAGACAAAACCUCAGUUGUUUGGUGGCGAUGAAAAGGAAAAGAGUUCAUUUAAUUUUGGUGUUGGAAAGCUCAAGAAUGUCUUGGAGCAGUUUGAAGUGAAUAAGAAAAAAAUAAAGGACAAACAUGACAGUGAAGUUUUAAGCACCUUUAUUUCCAGUGUCAAAGAAAGCAUUCAGGGGUUGCAAAUAUGCUUGAACAAGUUUGAAGGAAGUUUGGAUUCAAGAAAUAAAUCCAUUUUGGAUGGCUUGGAAGCCAUUUCUAAGACCUUGCAAGAGACUGCUCAGUCCCGCUAUGAAUCAGUGCUGAAUGCUCUAACAGACAAAAGCCAACCUGAGCAGAUAUUACUGGAGAUGGAGAGGAGACUUGCAGCUAAAGAUAUGGAGAUUUUAGAUGUGAAAUCCAACUUGCAGUUACUGAAGGAGAGUGUGGAACUACUGACAUCUCAGCAGAAUAAGCAACAUCAGAAGCUAUGUGAACAGUUAAAUCACCUACCAUUUCCCAACAUUUUAGCUGAACUGCAGACAUUCAUUUCCACUUCCAGAUCUCCCAGCUGCAUAAAGGAUAAUGCAUCCCAGACGUCUCCAGAUAUAUUACAGGACCUCUAUCUCACCAGUCAAGAAAAAGCAUGCUGUCAGUGCUAUCAGAGUAUGAGGGUUUGCAGAACGAGUUCCUUUCAGACUCAGCCGCACACCAUGACAAUGGCAAAUAGACAUGGAAAUUCCCAAAUGAGGAAUCACAUAGCUAAAGAUGAUGCAAACAGGACUGAUUUAAACACAGUUGCUGGAAGGGAGGUCAGUCUCACUACUACAGCUUUACAAGGCAAAGAAAACAUGACUAUACAAGAGACGAAGUCUGGUUUAGAAAAGCAACCUUCUGCUAACAAUCCACCUUGUGCCUGCUGCUCCAACACUGACGUUUUUGGGGAUAGUCAUGAGAAACAUCAGCUGCUUACUCAAGAAAUAUCUCAAGCCACACCGCUGAGGAUGGUAAUCAGGAAAGACUCUAAGGGAAUCAAAACUAUGACUCCUUCACAACAAAAUCAGAGCCAACUUUGCCAACCUCCUGCACAAAACAAUAUGGCUGGAAGAGACAAAGACUUUGCCACAGACAACGUGAUGCAUAUCACAGUUGUAGGAAACAGACUAAAAAAAGAAAAGUCCAAAAAACUCCGCCGGAGUAAAUUAACAGUGAGGAAAAGAAUCUACGUUGCUAAGAAAAAAGGAGACCUUUCCAAGUGUCCUGACAGUGGUCUGAAUCAAAAAAUGACCAGCAGGUGGAUGGAGUUGGAGGAUUCCAGAAAAAAUUACUCUCCCACAGAUACAGUUACACUUCAUUCAGAGAACUCAGGCCCAGGGUCUUCAGCUCCCAGUCACCAAAAGCUAAGCAGGGCCCAAAACAGGAAGAAAGAAAACUCCUUGCCAGUGCUUCACUCCCAUGAAAACCUGGAACGGCUUGCAGCCAAGAGGAAGGGAAUAUUGGAAAGUAAGAGGAGAGUGGAUAUUUGCACUACCAAAGGGACUCUCUGUUUCUGGGAUUGCUCUCCCAGGGAGACUGACAUAAAGGAUGAAAAACAGAUGAGCUGGUUCACUCUCCCAAGCACCAUGGCUUCUAAUAAGUCAUGUCUUUCUUUCGCCCCUGUCCAGCAUAAGAAUCCAACAUUUUGCUCCUUAGUUUUUGAUAGUGAUUAUUCUGAUUGACAUUUUCAGUUUGAUUUUCCUGAUGUAUAACAGAAGUGUGGCUGGUUCAAUCUGUUUUUUUCCUUUAGGUCUGUUGGCUUUUUAAUUUCUCAGGUCUGUCACGCUUUAGACAUGGCACAUAACUGAGCAUGUGGCACCUUGGAGCCGUGUAUGGAGGGAUAAGGCUUUUUCAUACACAAGGCACCCCCCUCUGGCAAUAUACAAGAUGUACUCAGACCUAAACUACAUUGACGUGUCAUUGGCAAGCUUUGGGUAUUGUAAAUGAGAAUAUAUUGCUAUAUUCUGUCCAGGGGCAAGGAUUCCCAUUCACCUGGGAAAGCUGUUGUGCUCCUUAUUAUUUUUAUAUUUUGGUGUCUCCCUGCUCUUAGCAGAAAUGCCAUUGUUCUCUAAUUGUUGUCAUCUUUGCUUAGCAGAAGAGGCUCUGUGAUGCUUGCCUAAAUUUCUACUAGCGCGAACCCUGCUAGCAGGCUAUGGGGCACAGAAACACAGCUGAGUCUGUUGUUACUGUAUCUGGAAGUGGAAUCUAUUUAAAACUUUUUAAGACAUGUCUGUGGCCUAGGACUUUCAUUCCAGUUUUUCAUUCUUUCUCUUUAGAGUGGUUCAGAUGGCUAAGGACUGAAUCCUGGUCCCACUGAAAUGAAUGGGAAUUCUUAUGAUUGACUUCACACAAUUAAGAUUAGCCCCAGAUCUUUUGCCCUAUUCUGGGUAAAAGUACCUUUUGUGUGAAAAAAAAAAACCCUAAUAUCUUGUUGCGUUCACCAAAUACAGCAUUUCUUCUCCUUCCGGGCUUAUUUCUCUGGUCACUUUCUUCAAUUUCAGCCUCUUUUUUUUUUCUCAUCUGCAUCUCUUAGCUAAUCAGGAAUUUGGUCUUGUGUGUUUCUAGUGUAUUAGGGCCUCAAAGAAAAGCCUAGAAAGGUGGCACUCAUAAAACAAAAUGCCCAGAAAGACCCUUGGUUCUGUCUGUUUUUGUUUAAAAGACUGAAGUAUUUCUGGUUAACAGUGAUUUCAAAUUAAUAGGUUUUAAGGUCAGAAGGGACCAUUAGAACCACCAGUUCUGAGCUCCAGCAUGACACAGGCCAUAGAACUCCACCCGGGGAAUCCUGCCUCAGCUCCUAGGGUGAUGGGACUCCUCCAGCAGCUCCUUUAGAAAGGCGUCCAGCCUCGAGUUUAAGUUUUGAUCACUUCAGAUAAUUUUAUUCUAUUUGAUUUCAGAAUCAGGUUUGCUCUGACAAAUGAAACACUUCAAUAUAUCAGAAAGAGAUCUGCUGUCAUGAAUAUAAACGGCCUCAUUUUGUCAUUCCAA